CCAGAUCCCUGCAGCGCGGGCGGGCGGCGUCGCAGAGCGGAGCCAGCUAGAAGCGCCCGGACUCCUGCAGAGCCCUGACGCUGUGUCCUGUGCUUCGUAGCCCUCAGACUGGGCUUGUUGGACAGUGACAGGGCGAGGUGGUCUGCAGUUACCAAUUGACUCUUUGGCCCCCAUCUCACCUUAAAAAGAACCUUGAAAACUAUACUAGAAAAAUGUUCUUUCUGCUUUUUCCAGAAUUUUCUUCUUUAUGAUGGAAUUCUGCCCAAUGGAUUGGGAAAAAGACCACAAAGAUCAUGGGCUAGGUAAACUAUGGUUAUUUCCGGAAAACAUGUUUAUUAUCAAUGAGAAACCCAGAAAAAUCACAGAAGGCUGCACUCUGAGUCGAAUGCAUCAAAAAAGCCAACCAGCAAACCAACUCAUAAGACAUUAUUGUGUGGUGCCCUGUGCCCCGUACUACAGACAUCAAGGGCGGGCAGAAUCUAAGACAUGUUCUCUGAACUUGAAUUUACAGCAGGCCUGGAAACUCAAGAUUAACCAGCCCAAGACAGGACAAUACAAGAUGCUAAAUAUGAGUGUGGCAAGCAGCAGGCAGAGCGGGGGUUAGGAAGCCCAAGCUGCAGAUGAAGAAAAUAAGGCAAAGGGAGCCCUGGACUUGGUCUUAGCCAGGGGUCUUCUGACACCAAGUCCAUCAUCUUCAGGUUUCACAAGGAGAGCAGUGGAAGCAGAGCAUCCUUGGAGGUGGUGGAGUUUGAAUUUCAUCCUGCAGCUGGCUUUUGGUGACUGCUCUAAGUCAAGGUGGAAUCUGUUGUGAUGAUCUUAUCAACCAGCAUUGCUUCUAUUGCACUCUGGUUUUCAGGAUGGUGCCUGCCCCUAAGCAGAUGUGAAUGAACAGCAGAAGCAACUUAUGAUUCCUGCAAAUGACGCCAGAGCACGUCGGCGGAGGGUUCUCUCUCUCCCAGAUCUGCGAGAGUGAUUUCCCAGUGAUUGCUUCGGCCGGUACAACCAGAGAAUAGGAGUCUUCUCUUCUUUUUGGACCACUAGAUGCCUCUCUGCACCACACUCUGCAGCGAGGGAAGAAGGGCGGAGCUUCUAGGAUGACGAUGGACAGUCCGCUGGGCAGGAUGAGGGCAGGGAGUGUGAUGUCGACACCACAAGGGCGCAGUGUGAACUUCCUCGUCUCCCUUCCCAGCCAGCUCUCAGCCUCCUGUAUCCACCAUGGUGUUUGGUGAGUUUUUCCAUCGCCACGGACAAGAUGAGGAACUUGUCAACCUGAACGUGGGGGGCUUUAAGCAGUCCGUCGACCAGAGCACCCUCCUGCGUUUCCCUCACACCAGGCUCGGGAAGCUGCUCACCUGCCACUCGGAGGAGGCCAUCCUGGAGCUGUGUGAUGACUACAGUGUGGCGGACAAAGAGUACUAUUUUGACCGGAACCCCUCCCUGUUCAGAUACGUGCUGAACUUUUAUUACACAGGGAAGCUGCAUGUCAUGGAGGAGCUGUGCGUGUUCUCCUUCUGCCAGGAGAUCGAGUACUGGGGCCUCAACGAGCUCUUCCUCGACUCCUGCUGCAGCAGUCGCUACCAGGAGCGCAAGGAGGAAAGCCACGAGAAGGACUGGGACCAGAAGAGCAACGAUGUGAGCACCGACUCCUCCUUUGAAGAGUCGACCCUGUUCGAGAAGGAGCUGGAGAAGUUUGACAAGCUGCGAUUCGGUCAGCUCCGGAAGAAGAUCUGGAUUCGAAUGGAAAACCCGGCCUACUGCCUGUCGGCCAAGCUCAUCGCCAUCUCCUCCUUGAGCGUGGUGCUGGCCUCCAUCGUAGCCAUGUGUGUCCACAGCAUGUCGGAGUUCCAGAACGAGGACGGGGAGGUGGAUGACCCCGUGCUGGAAGGCGUGGAGAUCGCGUGCAUCGCCUGGUUCACCGGCGAGCUCGCCGUCCGGCUGGUUGCUGCUCCCUGUCAAAAGAAGUUCUGGAAAAAUCCUCUGAACAUCAUCGACUUCGUCUCCAUUAUCCCCUUUUAUGCCACCCUGGCUGUGGACACCAAGGAGGAAGAGAGCGAGGACAUCGAGAACAUGGGCAAGGUGGUCCAGAUCCUCAGGCUUAUGAGGAUUUUCCGAAUUCUCAAGCUUGCCCGGCACUCGGUGGGACUUCGGUCCCUCGGGGCCACACUGAGGCACAGCUACCACGAAGUUGGGCUGCUGCUCCUCUUCCUGUCGGUGGGCAUCUCCAUCUUUUCUGUGCUUAUCUACUCUGUAGAGAAAGACGACCACUCAUCCAGCCUCACCAGCAUCCCCGUCUGCUGGUGGUGGGCCACCAUCAGCAUGACGACCGUUGGCUAUGGAGACACCCACCCUGUCACCUUGGCCGGGAAGCUUAUUGCCAGCUCGUGCAUCAUCUGUGGCAUCUUGGUGGUGGCCCUUCCGAUCACCAUUAUCUUCAACAAGUUUUCCAAGUACUACCAGAAGCAAAAGGACAUUGAUGUGGACCAGUGUAGCGAGGACCCACCAGAGAAGUGUCAUGAGCUCCCUUACUUUAACAUUAGGGACAUCUAUGCCCAGCGGAUGCACGCCUUCAUCACCAGUCUCUCUUCUGUGGGAAUCGUGGUGAGCGAUCCCGAUUCCACGGAUGCUUCAAGCAUUGAAGACAACGAGGAUGUUUAUAACAUGGCAUCCUUGGAGAACUGCACAGCAAAAUGAGCAGGGACGUUUGUGCCUGUAUCUUGUGCCCCUUCCCGAUGUUAGGUUAACACAGCUUUAUAAACCUCAAUGGGUUCGUUAAAAUCAUUUAAUUCUCAGGGUGUACUUUUUAGCCAUAGUCGGACAUUUCAUUGCUCUGAAAUGAUAGAAAUGUCUUUAUUUUUCUCAGUGAGGCGAAUUAAAUGCCUUGUUCUGAAAUUUAUUUUUUACAAGAGAGAGUUGUAAUACGAUUUUGGAAAAAAAAAGAGGUAAAUGGUAUUGGAUGGGACUUGUUGCUGUGGCUUCUGUAUCAUUCUGUGUUUAUCAUUUACUCACAUUGAGCUAAUUGUAAAUUACCGACAAGUAGAAUCAAAGGCCCAGCUGACUGAAGACUACAUGCAUGUAAGAUCCACAAGUGAGAAAAUGCAUGUAAAUCCAUGUUCAUGCUCUAGACAUGGAAUUUAGGAGCCUAAUAAACUGCCUAAUUCAGUACA